CUUACAUACGUAAGCCUUCUGAUAUCAAUAAUCUAUCAAUAUGUUCAUCUUCGCACCCUGGCCCAGGGAAGACCAUAUCCGCUGCUCAAGAUGGGUGCACACUUCCCCGAACCGUAACGGGGCUCAUUGAUGCGACAAUCUCUUGCUGAUAUCAUUUCUAUCUUACCAGUCUUAUUUCACUUGAUGGGUAACUGAAUUGCUUGGUUGCUGCAUUUCAAGCUGUGGUUUCUCUUGAUAUUUCUAGUGAUAUUUCUAGUCACAGAAAUAGUAGUCGUGUACUUUCUGUUGGAGAUCAGCGCAUAGUUUCUCCUUUCGGAAAUGUCCGAAAGCGAGCUGCACCAGGAUGCUUGCGUCGUUUGGAAUGUUGGCAGGGCCAUCAGGAUCAAGGUCGUCGCCAAGAGGGAUGACAGGAGGGCCAGCUGGGGCAACUGGAACAAAUGACGGCGCCCUUGACGAAGGUGGCGGAGGAAAAGGUGCGAAGGGUUCGGGGACUGCGGUGGCAUCGACGUGGCCUUCCACUUCAGCUAGAGAUCUGAUGAACCGGAAACGGAGCCCGAUUCCCAACCAGCUGCAUCAGCAGCUGCCUUUUCCUCGUCUGACAAUAAUUCGCUUUCAUCGACUAUGUCGUCAUCAUUUUCGCUGGCUAGGUCGCCUCCACCGUUGGCGGGUUCGGGCAUCCCUGUUGGAGGAACCGUGUGGACGAGUUUUCGUACAGCCACAUUCCCACAUCCGAGCGAGGGAACUCGCCCGGACAGCCACAUUCCCGCAGUGGCGUGACUACUUGGUCACAACACCUUUUUCUUACUUAUUUUGGUCACUUCGGACUAAUCCGCGAAGGCCACAAACUACAUUCAAUCUUUUGAAUUAGUUUCCCUUUUCCUCAGUUCUCGCACAUAUUGC